GGGAGCGAGUUGCUCUACGGAGACCUGGCAAACCUGACGUACCCGUGCCCAGGGAAGGGAUCUGAAUGGGAAGAGCGGUAGCCACCUGGAAAAUGAUCCAUGGUCAUGUCUAUUUACAGAGGCAUUGAGCCGUUGCGUCACAGGGAUCGCAGAGCCUCGACCAACUGUUCUUGGCCGGUCCCGGAUUCCGGGGAGCAGACAAGCUGUAGGGUUAGUGAGCCGGCAGCAAAAACUUGAAGGGGAGGGAUGGGAUGGCAGAUGGGGGGAGGACCCUUUUCGUGCCAGUGAGGCUCUAGAUUCUACAGUCUCUCUGGGGUCCCUGGCCAUGGACUGUUUGGUUCUGCUCCACGGGUUCGAGCAUCCAGCCGACGAACGAACGCCGCAACCAUCUCCGGGGCUUGUCUGUCCUGAGGACCUGAGGAGUCCCAAUUUCGAAAGUGGCAUACAGUGGUGGGAAAGAGGGCUUGAAUACGGUGCGAUUUCUACAAACUACAGUACGCUCGCAAGUGCGGCAAGUGGGAAAACUGGGAGUGUUCACCGAGGAGAGGGCGGCUUGGUUGAGGGUCCAAAAGUGCUCGACUGGAAUGUGCCGGCAACUCCCGGAAACGGCAUGGGCAGGUACUUAGUAACCUGCCGCUAAGGGACCUCAUGGCGUUGCGAAUUUCUUUCAUCGGAGCAAGUGUUACGUCCAGAUCCGGGGAGCGGGCUAACAAGGUGGUGCUGCUAUCUAUCUUGAGUGUCGACUCCCAAUCUCCGUCCCGUGGUUGGCACAUGACUGGCGUUGGGCGCGGUCAUCAGUUGCAUCUUUUUUGCCAAGGUCAAGAUCAGGAAGGGAGGGAGGUUCGAUACGCCCUAGAAUCCCAGGGAUGGAGGCUGAGAAGAACCAGGAUUUGUGGUAUUAUUAUGAUUUUUUGACCCUUCCCGC